AACACUCAAUUGAACGUCAAACAAAAUAGACAGUUAUCAUGUUUACGGAAAGAUGAUGUGAUUUUUUUUGUCUUAUAAAAGUUGGAAAGUUAAAAAAAUUAAAAAUGUUACAAAGAUUAAUUUACAAUAGUAUUGAACUUAAACUAUCAGGGCGGCAGCAUCUAUUGUUUAGUAUUCCGAACAAAGCUCAUUUAUGUCAUCAAUGUGGAUCCAGGUUAAACUCUCGUUACAAAGUGCCAGAUCUCCUUAAUUAUUAUAAAAAGAGCUUCUAUAACAGAAAUGGACUGUUUAAUCUAAAACUACGAUGUUAUUCAACUCAAGUGGACGCACCAAAAACUAAGGAACAAAUCUUAGAUCCGAUAACCGAAAAAAAAACACUAAAUUCUUCGAAAAAAAUCAAUGUCAAAUUAAAGACAUCAGAAUUAAAACGAUUAUUUGAUUUAGCUAAACCAGAAAAAUGGACUCUAACAGGUGCUAUUGGAUUUCUUAUUGUAUCAUCAAGUGUGACUAUGGCUAUACCAUUUUCUUUAGGUCAAGUUUUAGAUAUUAUAUACAGCAGUACUACAGACUUGGCCACAGCUAGAGCCAAGCUGGACACUCUGUGCCUGAUGCUUUGUGGAGUAUUUUUGGUUGGAGGGCUCUGCAACUUUGGCAGAGUAUAUUUAAUGUCCAUAUCAGGUCAAAGAAUGACUCAGGCACUAAGGAGGCAAGUGUAUGCUGGUAUAUUGCGUCAGGAAGCUGCUUGGUUUGGUAGAACUUCAACCGGUGAACUAGUCAACAGGUUGUCAGCAGAUGCACAGCUGGUUGGCCGUAACCUAAGUCAAAACCUUAGUGAUGGGCUGAGAUCCUUGUUUAUGGUUGGAGCUGGAACUGGCAUGAUGUUUUACAUGUCUCCAUCUCUGGCACUCAUUGGGUUGUGUGUUGUCCCACCUGUGUCAAUGUUAGCUGUUAUAUACGGAAGAUUCGUGCGCGGCAUUACGAGGCAGCUGCAGGAUUCAUUAGCUGAAACCAGUGAGUUAGCUGAAGAGAAAAUAUCGAACAUAAAGACUGUCAAAGCAUUUAGUAAGGAGCAGAGAGAGUGUGAAACAUAUGGACAGAGGAUCGAUAAUUUAUUGAAAUUGGCUUACAAAGAGUCUCUGGCUGUUGGCAGUUUCUAUGGAUUGACUGGACUAGCAGGGAACACAAUAAUAAUCCUCGUACUUUACUACGGAGGUGGAAUGGUAGCCACUGAACAGCUGACUGUCGGCAAUCUGACCUCUUUCCUGCUCUAUGCCGCAUACGUGGGCAUCAGUAUCGGUGGCCUUAGUAGUUUUUACACAGAACUGAACAAGGGUAUGGGUGCUGCUACGAGGCUGUGGGAGAUUAUUGAUAGGCGACCAGCAAUACCUGUUUCAGGUGGCUUAAAACCAGUUGACAGGCCAGUAGGUGAAAUAGUUUUAGAAGAUAUUCACUAUUCAUAUAACAACACGCCUUUAAUAAGAGGUGUUAAUCUUCACCUUUGGCCCGGCAAGUCAAUUGCACUUGUUGGGAGGUCAGGCUGUGGUAAAAGUACUAUCGCGUCUUUAAUAAUGAGGCUGUAUGAUCCUGAAAAGGGCAGGAUAUUGUUAGAUGGAAUCGAUAUAAGAAACCUGGAUCCCGUUUGGCUGAGAAGCCAUAUUGGUUAUGUUAGUCAGGAACCUGUUUUAUUUAGCGGGUCUAUAAAGGAGAAUAUUUUAUAUGGUGCUUUGGACGAAAGCUGUGAAGAACCAAGAUACGUAGAGAAGUUAGAUAAAUACGAGCCGUCGUGGAUGUCUGCGGCCCGCACGGCGCACCUGCACGAGCUGGUGGUCACCAAGGACGGCUGGGACCGGCAGGUGGGCGCGCGCGGCGGGCAGCUCAGCGGCGGCCAGAAGCAGAGGGUCGCCAUCGCCAGGGCCAUCGUCAAGAACCCAAAAAUUUUAAUACUCGAUGAAGCUACGUCAGCACUAGACACAUACUCCGAGUAUUUAGUCGAUAAAGCAUUAAAAGAAAUAAGCAAAGAUCGAACAGUCCUCACUAUAGCACAUAGACUGAGCACCAUUCAGUCAGCUGACGAGGUCGCCGUGUUGGAAAACGGUGUUGUCGUUGAGAAGGGACCCUACGCCGAGCUGAUAGCGAAACCAGACGGAUUCUUUAGAGAACUGGUCACCCACCAGACGUUCGCCAAAAAGUCCGAGAGAAGAGACAAUCGAGAUAACCCAGAUGUACAAAAAACAUGAAAUAUUGUUCUGUAGUAAAAUUUAUGUGUUGUUAACGAAAUAUUUAUAAAGAAGUAGCUUAAUUUAUUUUUAGAUCGUUUGUUUUAAAAUGUUCAGUUUAACAAUUUUUUUAUCGAUAUUUAACGUAUCGAGCAAUCGAACAAACUGAACAUUGAUAUUAUCUUUAUGCCAGGUAGAAAAUACCUGAAUUAUAAUAACUAAACAUACUUAUUUCCUGUUAUUAGUUAACUGAUGUUUACGUAGCUAAUUGAAAUUAGUAAAUGUUUAUUUAAACUAAACCAAUUGUGCUAUUUACCCUGAAUAAGUUUGUGAUAAAAUGAUAGGUGAUAGUAUAUUUUAAUUUAUGGCGUCAUGGUAUAAGCAAUAUGCAAUAAUAAAAGGGCUUUAUAUGAUAUGUGUUCAAACUGUUGAAAUGCCUGAUUUGAUAGAAAAUUUUAUUAUAAAUUAAGGAAUAAAUCCUAGAGUGACAAACGGGUAAAGGAAUAUUUUUGUCUGACACAAAUAAAUGGUUGUUGUUAUUUUAG